AUGGCCAAGAAUGACGCUGUAAUUCAAAGCCAGGCAGCUUCUCUUCGGAAUUUGGAAAUUCAAUUGGGGCAUUUAGCUAAUGACUUGAAAAAUCGACCCCAAGGUUCUUUGCCAAGUGACACCGAGACUCCAAGGAGGGAUGGCAAAGAACAAUGCAAGGAAAUCAAUCUACGGAGUGGGAAAAAUCUGGAAGUGAAUGAGGAGAAAACAAAGGGCAGCAAGGAGCCCACUUCAAUCCAAACCGAAGGGGAAACGAGUAAAAAACUAGCAAGUGCAGCUGCUGAAUUCUCCCCAGUUGAUACAGCAUCGGGUCAGCAUUCUACUGUAGAAAAGACUUUACACAAGCCACCUCCGCCAUUUCCUCAACGAUUCAAAAAACAGCAGCAAGAUGACCAAUUCAGGAAGUUUCUGGAUGUUUUGAAGCAGCUCCAUAUCAACAUUCCCUUGGUGGAAGCUUUGGAGCAAAUGCCCAAUUAUGUAAAGUUUUUGAAAGACAUUUUGACAAGAAAGAGGAGGCUUGGUGAGUUUGAAACAGUUACUUUGACGGAGGGUUGUAGUGCAAUGUUAAAAAGCAAGAUUCCUCCUAAAUUGAAAUAUCCAGGCAGCUUUACAAUUCCAUGUUCAAUUGGUGGAAGAGAUGUGGGAAGAGCUCUAUGUGACUUAGGUGCUAGUAUUAAUCUAAUGCCUAUGUCAAUUUUCAAAAAGCUAGGCAUUGGGGAAGCUCAACCAACCACAGUUACUUUGAAAUUGGCGGACCGUUCUAUGGCUCAUCCGGAAGGAAAAAUUGAAGAUGUUCUAGUGCAAGUUGGCAAGUUCAUAUUUCCGGCCGACUUCAUUAAUCUUGAUUAUGAAGCGGAUAGAGAUGUACCAAUCAUUUUGGGGAGGCCGUUUCUUGCUAUCGGGAGGACUUUGAUUGAUGUGGAAAAUGGAGAACUUACCAUGAGGGUGAAUGAUCAACAAGUGACCUUUAGUGUUUUCAAAGCCAUAAAGUUUCCGGAUGACAUCGAAGAAUGCUCUAGAUUAAGUGUAAUUGAGACACUUGUGGCUGAAACUUUUCAUAAGGAAAUUCGCAAGGCUGAUUUGGAGGUGAAUAUCUUUGAAGAUGAUGAAGAAUUUAGCAAAGAGGAGGAGUCCCAAGUCACAUGGGUAGAGUCCAGCAAACUAGCCAUGAAAUUCAGCAAGCCUUAUGAGUCUCUAAACCUAUCGGAAGGGAAUUUCAAGCCUCCAAAGCCUUCCUUUCAAGAACCACCAAAGCUAGAGUUAAAACCUUUGCCGAGCCACUUAAAAUAUGCUUACUUGGGGGACAAUGAGACGCUGCCAGUCAUUAUUUCAGCAUUAUUGGGAGCUAAAGCUGAAAGUUUGUUGCUAGAGGUGUUGAAAGAGCAUAAGAAAGCAAUUGGUUGGACUAUGGCUGACAUAAAAGGCAUUAGCCCGACAUUUUGUAUGCACAAAAUACUGAUGGAAGUUGGCUGUAAUAACUCUAUUGAGCAGCAGCGAAGGUUGAAUCCCAUCAUGAAGGAAGUAGUUCGGAAAGAAGUGAUUAAGUGGCUGGAUUAUGGCAUUGUGUACCCGAUUUCAGACAACUCAUGGGUCAGCUCGGUUCAAUGUGUCCCUAAAAAGGGAGGAGUUACAGUGGUGACUAAUGACAAUAAUGAAUUGAUUCCCACAAGAACGGUGACUGGUUGGCGAGUUUGCAUGGACUAUAAGAAGCUGAAUAAUGCCACUCGGAAGGACCAUUUUCCACUGCCAUUUAUUGACCAAAUGUUGGAUCGGUUGACGGGAAAAGAAUUUUACUGUUUUCUUGACGAAUAUUCAGGUUAUAAUCAAAUCUCCAUUGCGCCGGAAGACCAAGAAAAGACAACAUUCACUUGUCCCUACGACACCUUUGCCUUUAAAAGGGAUGCCGUUUGGCUUAUGCAAUGCUCCCGCCACCUUCCAAAGGUGUAUGAUGGCGAUUUUUUCAGACAUGGCAGAAAACAUUCUUGA